AUGGCCAAUCUUUCGGUCAAGAUCAAGACCCCCCUCACGGGCGAGCUGACGCUCCCUACGGGCCUGUUCAUCAACAACGAGUUCGUGGCCAGUGUCGAUGGCAAGACGUUUGAGGUGGUCAACCCCUCGACAGAGGAGGUGAUCUGCUCGGUGCAGGAGGGAUCAGAGAAGGAUGUGGACAUUGCAGUCAAGGCGGCGCGCAAGGCAUUCAACGGCGUGUGGCGCGAUACGACGCCGCAGCAGCGUGGCAUCUACAUGCUGAAGCUGGCCGACCUGGUGGAGGAGAACAGGGAGAAGCUGGCCGCGCUCGAGUCGCUGGAUAACGGCAAGUCGAUCACGCUCGCACGCGGCGAUGUGGAUGCGGUGGCCGGCUGCAUCCGCUACUAUGGCGGCUGGGCCGACAAGAUCGAGGGCAAGACGCUCGACAUUUCGCCCGACAUGUUCCACUACACGCGCCAGGAGCCGCUGGGUGUCUGUGCCCAGAUCAUCCCGUGGAACUUCCCGCUGCUGAUGCUGGCCUGGAAGAUCGGCCCCGCCCUAGCCACGGGCAACACGAUCGUGCUCAAGACGGCCGAGCAGACGCCGCUUUCCGGCCUGCUGUUCGCUUCGCUCGUCAAGCAGUGCGGCCUGCCGGCCGGCGUGCUCAACAUCAUCUCCGGUCUCGGCAAGGUGGCCGGUGCGGCCAUGUCGUCGCACAUGGACGUCGACAAGAUCGCCUUUACUGGCUCCACGCCCGUCGGCCGCGCCAUCAUGAAGGCGGCUGCGGCGUCCAACCUGAAGAAGGUGACGCUUGAGCUGGGCGGCAAGUCGCCCAACAUCGUCUUUGACGAUGCCGACAUUGAGAAGGCCAUUGACUGGGUCAACUUUGGCAUCUACUACAACCACGGCCAGACCUGCUGUGCCGGCUCGCGCGUCUACGUCCAGGAGGGCAUCUACGACAAGUUUGUCGCCGCCUUCAAGGCCCGCGCCGAGAAGAACAAGGUUGGCGACCCGUUCCACGAGGAGACCUUCCAGGGCCCCCAGGUCAGCAAGCUGCAGUUCGACCGCGUCAUGAGCUACAUCAAGGCCGGCAAGGAGGAGGGUGCCAAGUGCGUCACCGGUGGCGGCCGUCACGGCGACAAGGGCUACUUCAUCCAGCCGACCAUCUUUAGCGACGUCCGCCAGGACAUGAAGAUCAUGCAGGAGGAGAUCUUUGGCCCCGUCUGCGCCAUGGCCAAGUUCAAGGACGUCGAGGAGGUCAUCCAGCUCGGCAACGACUCCAACUACGGUCUCGCUGCUGCCGUUCACACCACAAAUCUCAACACGGCCAUCCGUGUCAGCAACAUGCUGCACGCCGGCACCGUCUGGGUCAACUGCUACAACCAGCUUCACCACCAGGUGCCCUUUGGUGGCUACAAGGAGUCUGGUAUCGGCCGUGAGCUCGGCGAGCUGGCGCUGCUCAACUACACGCAGAACAAGUCGGUUGCGAUCAAGCUCCAAUAA